ACUUUUUUUUUUUUUUUUUUACACGAGUGGGAGGAAGAAAAAAAAAAAGUUGUUGAAAAUGCCGCGCUCCUUUCUGGUCAAGAAGCACAUCAACUCCGUCAAGAAGCCCAACUACAGCGAGCUGGAGAGUCCAACAGUGCUCAUCAUGCCGCACUUGUACAAGGGCCAUCCGCUGCCCGUCAUCCCCCAGCCGGAGUUCCUGAGCCCGGCCGCGUACAGCCCCAUCACGGUGUGGACCACCAGCAGCCUUCCGCUCUCUCCGCUGUCCGGAUACCCUUCCUCGCUCUCCUCGUCGUCUUCCUCCAAAGACCACAGCGGCUCCGAAAGUCCCCGCAGCGACGACGAGGAGCCCGGCCCGCCGCAGGCAGACGCCGACAAGUUCCAGUGCGUCCAGUGCGCCAAGUCCUAUUCCACCUACUCGGGACUGGUCAAGCACAAGCAGCUGCACUGCGACGCGCUGCAGGCCCGCAAGUGCUUCACGUGUAAAUACUGCGAGAAGGAGUAUGUGAGCUUGGGAGCGCUCAAGAUGCACAUCAGGACUCACACGUUGCCGUGCGUGUGCAAAAUUUGCGGCAAAGCCUUUUCCAGGCCUUGGCUGUUGCAGGGACACAUCAGGACACAUACCGGCGAGAAGCCCUUCUCGUGUCCCCACUGCAAGAGGGCCUUCGCCGACCGCUCCAACCUCAGGGCUCACCUGCAGACACACUCGGAUGUGAAAAAGUACCAAUGCAAGAACUGCUCCAAAACCUUCUCACGGAUGUCGCUGCUGCACAAGCACGAGGAAUCCUCUUGCUGCGUAGCACACUGAACACACGGGAUCCUCUCUCCCACUAGCGCAAGACUUUUUUUUUUUUUUUUUUAAAGCAACAACUUUUGUUUGUUUUGAAACCAAAUUUCCAAACAAGCCCGGGAGAGUUGUCAGGGAUUAUUUUUAUUAUUUUAUUAUUUUUUUUAACCCGGACAAGUGGGUCCACUUCAACAUCUUUGCCAUCGCUUCCUACCUGUGCACUUUUUGCAUGUCCACAACAUCUCCUGUGCCUUCGCUUUGCUCGAACAUUUCAAGUCUAAAGGACACCACGGAAAUACCGAAGCCAUCGCGACUUAGGGAACGUGAAUUUUUGCACAAACAUUACAUUACAGAACUCACGUGGUGGAUCUUUUGUCCCUGCUUGUUAAAGUGCCUCAGUUUUUACUCCGCAAUAUGUCUUUUUGCUCUUUUUAUAUUUUUUUAUACUCCAUUGAAUGUAAGCGUGACUGCGAUGAUUGUAUAUUAAAACUGCAAUGCAGGUUUGUUUUCAUACUUUCGUGACACUUUGGGAAAUAAAACUCAUGGCAUAUUUUUUAUUUUUUUUUAAUUUGUAGAAACUGGCCGCAAUCUCACAUGUUUUUUGGGGGGGAUAUUUAGUCCGAGCGUGUUUCGAAAGGAAGACGGGGGAUGUGAGUCAGGUCCCAAAAUCAAACCUAAACUCGUUUCCCGGGGCCCAGCACACAUCAAACCGUGUUGAAAUGUCACACGUACGAGCGAUAUUGAUCGGCAGGGACUCGCGAGAACCUUUGAGGCCUCCUCCAGUCUGACUGUGUGCACUGUUUCCUUCCACCUGACUGCAGCCGGCCCAAAUGCAAACUCUUUUUCCCCAUAGGAAAUAACGUCAGGUGAACGAGUUGGUUGCGGGGUUAAACUGCCAAUUCCCCAAGAGCUAACUCGACGGCCAGCAUUUAAACACUCAUUGUCAUACAAGCGUUACUUUUUUUUUUUUCAUGUUUGAAUUCUUUCUAACUAUGCCUUUUGUCUCUCAGCAAGAAUUUCUAUUUUCAUUCCUUUGAUUGGGGGCUCAAACCUAAUCGCCUUCAUAAAAUAAAAAUUUGAUGUCA